AUGAACUCCCAAAUCCUUUCUUGGUGUCCUUCCUUUCUAACCAUAGUCAACUUGUUAAUUCUCAUUGUAGCUCAAAGAGCUUCAAGCAGCCUCCAUGAAUCUUAUGAAAAUUGUGACGACUCAUUCACUUGUGGGACUAUUUCCAACAUCCGAUAUCCUUUCUUGAAACACCAAGAUCCCAUCUACUGUGGGUAUCCAGGCUUCGAGCUCGACUGUAAUGGCAAAAAUGCCCCUAGUAUCGACAUAAACAACAUGACAUACCAUGUUCUAAGCAUCGAUCAAACAUCCAAUAUGUUAAAGAUCGUUAGAGAAGAUGUGAAGGAAUCGAUAUGUCCACAUGAUUUCGUCAACACCACCAUUAAUCACAACCUAUUCGAUUACUCUCCAGCUUACAUGAACAUCACUUUCCUUUACGGAUGCCCAGAUUCUUUCAAGCUUCAUGGGGUUCCUCUUGAUUCAUUGUCUUGUGAUGACAAUGGGAUUGAUAAAGUUCUUGUUUUGCCCGGGGAACAAGGCCCUGGAAUCUGUAAUCACAGUGUCAUUGUCCCGAUUCCUGUUAUGGCAAUUGAAUCAACAGGUCUGGUGAAUUCAACCGGUUUGGAUCAAGUUCUCCGGGGAGGAUUUGAGGUUAACUGGAAACUCGAUGCCACUAAUUGCAGUCAAUGCACUCAGUCAAAUGGUCGUUGUUUCUACGAUUAUGAUUCAAAUCGAACUUCAUGUGCAUGUUCUACUGAACCUUUCAUCGCAGAAACCUGCACCAUGGCUAACGCAACCCAAACCAGUUCUUCGUCAAAGAAAAAAUCCAUGAUUAUAGCUCUUCCUAUCACCGGCGCCAUUCUUGCUGCCAUUGGAAUUGUCUCCGGACUCUUUGUUUGCAGAAAACGGAAGAAACGGUAUCCCACCGGAGAAGAUGAAGAAACUCAGAACAAAGAAAGUGCGACGGUUGUUUCAAGCAAAGGAGUUGCUACCACUUUUCCGGCGAGCAUUACUUCUUAUUCUUCUUCAACAACGGAAUUGGGAACCAGCACCUAUUUCGGAACUAGGGUUUUCACUUGCGAUGAACUUGAAGCAGCUACCGGUGGCUUUGACGAUUCAAGAGAACUCGGAGAUGGUGGUUUCGGCACUGUUUACUAUGGUAAGCUGAUGGAUGGUCGAGAAGUGGCGGUGAAACGCUUAUACAAGAACAGUUUCAAGCGUGUGGAACAGUUUAUGAAUGAGAUCGAGAUCUUGACGAUGUUAGAUCACGAAAACCUUGUGAAAUUCUAUGGAUGCUCUUCAAGAAGAAGCAGAGAACUCCUCUUAGUUUACGAGUACGUUGCUAAUGGCACAGUCGCCGAUCAUCUUCAUGGGAAAUUCGCCAACUCGAACUCAAAUCUGAACUGGAGAUUGCGGUUGAACAUCGCGUUAGAAACAGCCGAAGCAUUAGCAUACCUCCAUGACUCCGACAUCAUUCAUCGUGAUGUUAAAACCUGCAACAUUCUUCUAGACGAAAACUUCAAAGUCAAGGUUGCUGACUUUGGGUUGUCGAGAUUAUUUCCGUUCAACGUCACACAUGUCUCCACCGCGCCACAAGGGACGCCGGGAUACGUGGAUCCGGAGUAUUACCAGUGCUACCGGUUGACAGAUAAGAGCGACGUUUAUAGCUUCGGGGUGGUGUUGAUGGAGCUCCUAUCGUCGUUAGAAGCCGUUGACACGAGUAGACACAGGCUUGAUAUUAACUUGGCUAACAUGGCUAUUGACAGGAUUCAAAAUCGUCGGUUGGGUGAGUUGGUUGAUAAGAGAAUUGGGUUCGAGAUCGAUGGUGGUGUGAGGCGGAUGGUGACGUUGGUGGCGGAGUUGGGUUUCUGGUGUCUGCAGGUUGAGAAGGAUAUGAGGCCGACGAUGAGAGAAGUGGUGGAGAAUUUAAGAGGGAUACAGAAUGAGAAGAUGAAUGUUCAAAAACCAGAGGUGGUUGACAUUGUGGUGGAGGACGGUGGUAAUCCGCCUUCAUCUGAUUCAGGGAUCACCGGCAAAUUGGUUGAGAGUUAG